GAAUUUAGUGGCUGCGACGAGAGAACUCUCUCACCUUUAGAAGCUUUGAACCCUAAAACCCCUCUCGCGAUCCAGAUUUCAGAAUCCGAACCCGGCGACAUUCGCUAUCACGAGACAUGAGAUGGCUGAGAUACCUAAACCAAUGGCGUGGAACAGCGAAGGAAGCCUUCGAGCAAGUAUCAAUCGUCGCCAAGUUUCUCUGUUUGAUUCAUGUCACCGAUCGUUACAUUAUCUCCUCCACUCACGUUCAAGGUCCUAGCAUGCUUCCGACACUUAACCUCACCGGCGAUGUCAUUUUAGCCGAACAUUUAUCUCACAGGUUCGGUAAGAUUGGUCUCGGUGACAUUGUGUUGGUUCGAUCUCCGACAGAUCCAACUAGGAUGGUGACAAAGCGUGUCUUGGGUUUAGAAGGGCAUAGACUCUCUUUCUCUGCUGACCCUUUGGUUGGUGAUCGCUCAGUUAGCGUUGUGGUUCCAAAAGGGCAUGUUUGGAUUCAGGGAGAUAAUUUGUAUGCAUCAACUGAUUCGCGUAAUUUUGGACCUGUACCUUACAAUCUCAUCGAAGGAAAAGCUCUUCUCCGGGUCUGGCCACCACGAUACUUUGGGUCAUUGAGGUGACGAUCACAUCCGAGUUGUUUCACUUUCAGUUGCUUUUGCAGUAGGAUGUGUGAAGAGAUUGAUUACUCCAGCGAUUUGAUUGCAAUGUUGUUCACUCAUACGAGUAGUGUACUGUAUAAUUCAGAUUUCUAUAAAAUCACAGAAGUGGGAUAAGCAUUUUUGCUCUGUUUCAUUAUUGGCAAUAUUAGAGGAAGCCAUGGACCUGACAUAGUUUUAUACCUGGAGCUACAUCUAAUGCUGAAUUUGAGCAAAGUUUUAGAUGUUUUGAUCCUUUUGUGGAGAGAAGCCAAACUGGGAUAGAGACUUGUUGGUUGGUUCUAUGUAUGCGUUGGCAUAACCUAACUAAACCGAACCAGUCUUCUCCUUUAAGGCUUUAACCAGUCUUAUUUACAAGAUUUUUCUUUAUCAGCAAGAAUGUUUUCAAAUUCAGAUUGGAGGCUGGUCUGACCGGAGAUAGAUACUCUUGCCAGCUGGCCGGGAGUUACGUGUUUGACGUAAUCUCUCCACUAAUAUCUUAAGAUGUCAAUG